AGGUACCCCUGCAGCUGCUUUCCGGAGUUUCCGUUGUCCGGACUCGUUGCCGGUGGCUGUGCGGGGAUCUGAUGGCGCGAUCGGGGAGGAUGAUGCUGCUGGCUCGGAGGGCGCUGAGUGCGGGGGUGCAGAGGGUGUGGUCUCGGGGCAUGCAUCAGGGCAGUGUUCUGCUCUCUGUAGCUCCACCCCAAAAACCCAUGACCACCAUAAGUUACAUCCAUGGAAACAAGGAUAUACCGCUGACCAUCAAGACUAUGCAACAGUGUCUGUGGGACACAACCCAGCGGAUCCCGGAUCAAGAGGCCGUCGUCGAUAUCCACGGCGCCAAAAGAAAGACCUACAGCCAGCUAUGCAAAGAUGUUGAGACCCUUGCUGCGGGGCUGCUGGCUCUUGGCUUGAAGAAGGGAGAUCGCCUCGGAAUGUGGGGGCCGAAUAGCUACGAGUGGAUCGUUACACAGUUUGCUACGGCUCAAGCCGGCAUCAUCUUGGUAUCUGUGAAUCCAGCAUAUCAAGCAAAGGAAUUGGAGUAUGUCCUUAAGAAGGUUGGUUGCUCUGCGCUCAUUUUCCCUGACCAUUUUAAAACGCAAAGCUAUUAUGAACUUUUGAGAAGUAUUUGUCCAGAGAUUGAAACUUCACCAGCAGGGGGCAUCAAAAGCAAGGGACUUCCAGAUCUUCGCAUUGUGAUAGUCUUGGACAAGAAGCACCCGGGUGCGUUCCACUUUGAGGAAGUGAUGGAUGCCGGCACAACCCAGCACGUGAAGCAGCUGCACGAUAUACAGAAGAGCGUGUCCUGUGAUGACCCCAUCAAUAUCCAGUUCACCUCUGGAACCACUGGAUUUCCCAAAGGAGCCACUCUGAGCCAUCACAACAUUGUGAACAAUGCGCAGUACGUGGGGGCGAGGCUCGGGUACGAUUGGAAACGGGACGUCCGCGUCGCUCUCCCUGUGCCGCUGUACCACUGCAUGGGCUCCGUACUGGGCAGCCUCACCGCAGUAUUGUACGGGCCCACUAUGGUCUUACCCUCUCCGAGCUUUCAAGCCCGAGCUUUGCUGGAGGCCAUUUCGAAGGAGAAAUGCUCGAGUGUUUACGGCACCCCGACCAUGUACAUCGAUAUGUUGGCAGAACCCGACUUUGCAACUCUAAGCUCCUCCCUCACCACGGGAAUUAUUGCUGGAUCCAUCGUACCCCCUGAGAUCAUGAAGAAACUUCUCACCGAGACAACGAUGAGGAAUAUAAUGGUUGGCUACGGCACGACCGAAAACAGCCCGGUCACUUUCAUGGGCUUCCUCUACGACGAUAUUUUCCGGAAAGUAGACACCGUAGGUUAUGUCAUGUCCCAUACAGAGGCGAAGGUGGUGGACACCAAGACAGAACAAAUCCUUCCAGUGAAUGCUUCGGGGGAGCUGUGGAUUCGAGGCUUCGGUGUCAUGCUGGGCUACUGGGCCGAAGAAGAGAAGACCAAGGAGUGCAUCACCCCUGAAGGGUGGUACAAGACCGGAGACAUAGCCACCUUGGAUGAAUACGGAUACUGUCGAAUCGUUGGGCGCUGUAAAGACAUGAUCAUUCGCGGAGGUGAAAACGUAUACCCGGCUGAAAUCGAGCAGUUCCUCCACACGCACCCCAAAGUCAUGGAAGCCCAGAUCAUCGGAGUCAAAGAUGCACGGAUGGGGGAAGAGAUCUGCGCUUGUAUCCGAACUCAUAGCGACCAGGAAUGUACAGCAGAGGAGCUCAAGGCAUACUGCAAGGGACAGAUUUCUCAUUUCAAGAUCCCUCGUUACAUAAUCUUUAUGAAUGAGUACCCUCUCACAAUUUCUGGAAAGGUCCAAAAGUUCAAGCUAAAAGAAAUGGUGGAGAAGCAGCUGAAGUUAUGAGGAGCCCUUUCAUGUUCUUUCACGUCCAAACCAAGAGCGUUGUCCUGGCCUCGAAAAUGUCGCGCCCCCUCAUUGGUGAAUGCUGCUCUUCACGUUUGCUUGGUGACCUCUGAUUGGAGAAUGAAUGUAAAGGAGACGAUUUAUAUGCACCCAUCAUCAUCAUCAUCAUCAUAUAAGCUCGUCCUCUGGGUGUAAACCAGUUUGUCAGGAAAGGGUCAAGUCACAUAGUUGGCAGCCUUUUUUAUUUUUUCUCUUUGCCUUAUUGUGCGCUAAAUUGUUAUCUAACCCAGUGUUUCUCAACUCCAGUUCUCAAGGCGCCCCAGCAGGUCGUGUUUUCAGGAUUUUCCCUCAGAUGAAACGGCUAUGCCCAGCAGGUCGUGUUUUCAGCAUUUCCCUCAGAUGAAACGGCUAUGCCCAGCAGGUCGUGUUUUCAGGAUUUCCCCUCAGAUGAAACGGCUAUGCCCAGCAGGUCGUGUUUUCAGGAUUUCCCCUCAGAUGAAACGGCUAUGCCCAGCAGGUCGUGUUUUCAGCAUUUCCCU